AUCAGCUGAACUUCCGGCGCAGGGCCGGUGACGGGAGGAACUACUAUGCGAUGCCGCAGGUGUUCGUCAGUGGUCGUCCGGCACUCCACAUCUACACCAAGGCUGAGCAUGAGAUUCGUGUAGCGCGCUUCGCGUUCGAGGAGGACAGCGUGGAGAUGAAAUUCCGGGCGUACUACAUGGUUGAUCACGACGACCUCGACUCUUGGCAGGUGUUGGUGACCCUAAGCAGCCUUUCCAAUCCUCGGGAGCUUCAGUUCAACCUCAGCAGGCGGGAAUCCCCCAUUGUGUCCUUCCCGUGGGUGAAGAUGUACUACUCCAACACAGAGGGAAGUGCUUGGAGCACCAAUUUUGACAAGUUCAGCGCCAACAUGAGGGUUUAUUAUGAUGAGUACAGCUCGUUCAAGCCAGUCAAAGGCAUGGCUUACAACAUCACCACUAAGGCUGCUGGGCCUGCAAUCAAGAAUUACUAUCUGAUCGCAUUUGAAGUUGUUCCAGCCAAGGCUCCAAAGCUGCCAUGGCUGUGAUCAUACAUUGAGGGAAGUUAGGUAACCUAUAGAAGCA